AUGUUUAUCGGUACCAUGUGGGCUUUGACCUACAAACAGCGCAUACAGGAUGUCAGUCGCCCAAUCAUUGUGGUGGCCAUCCUGCUAUUUAUAUUGAGUACUGCGCAUAUCGUCGUGAAUAUCAUUCGCGUGGAAGAUGGACUAGUGAAGUAUCGUGACACAUUCCCGGGUGGGCCAGCGGCGUUCUUUGCCGAUCCUUCUCAAUACACAUUUACGAUCGGGAAUGUGUUAUACGCCUUGCAAACUUCACUGGGUGAUGGGGUAUUGAGAGCUGUCUGGCUGACUCGGAAGAUCUAUCGAUGUUAUGUUGUAUGGCAAUCAGUCUUGGUCAUCAUCGUACCGAGCAUGCUGUGGUGCAGUGUUGUAGUGUCUGGUAUUGUUGGCAACUACACUUUUUCGCAAAUCAAAAGCGACUCUGGUCAAAUGUAUGAAAACGAGCGUCGGACACCUGCAAAUUGGGUUAAUGCUUUCUUCGUCACGACUAUUGCAACAAAUUUGUUGAGUUCAGGAUUACUUGCGUAUCGCGUCUGGAUGAUCGAACGUAAUGUCUCUACAGUUCGUGCUGGGAAGAAUAAUAUGAUGCCAAUUAUGCGCGUGCUUGUGGAUUCUGCUGUUUUGUACUCUGUGGCGCUCUUGAUCGCAUUGAUCACUAAUGUAUGCUCGAACAAUGGACAGUUUGUUAUAUACGAAAUGCUCACGCACAUCAUAUCGAUCGCCUUCUAUAUGGUCCUUAUUCGCGUUGCAAUCAACAGAAAACACAGUUAUCUCUCGACUAUAGGCCCGGGGAUGACCGAUGCAACAGACUCGGGCACUUUGCAGCAGUAUCCUAUGCGGCCCUUGCAAUUUUAUAGAUCCACGCAUAGUGACAAUAAAGCAGUCGAAGGCGGGCCAUCGACAUUCGCAGCAGAGUCCCGAAAGGGCUCCCUGUCGAACUUGCAACCAAACUGA